AGAUUGAUGGACACCUCCGGAAAACGAGAAAGCGGGCAGCAAACAGUCGAAGAGACGCCUCUGUUUCCGUUUCUCAUUUCCAUACGAGAAACGUCAAACGCGACAAAAGCCAAACGAGAGAAAUUCCGACAAAACCAGAAACCGCUUGAGAAAUCGAAAUCCAGAAAUCGAGAGAGAGAUGGCGAACCAGCUGGGGAACCUAGUGCAAUCUAUAAAAUCGAAGGUCCGAUCUUUGAAGAAAUCGAAGAAGCCGUACGUGAAGAUGGACAAGAGCUCGAGCGUCAAGGUCGAGAUCCGUAGCCGUCAGGCCAGGAAGCUUAUCGACAAAACCCUCAAAGUUGCCGAUCGCCCCGGCAAGAAGAGCAUCGACUGAUUUCUCUCUUCUUCUAGUAGAAUCUUUCAUCUUUUUUUUGGUUAUUCCCUUUUUGCCCUUCCUUUCUCUCUCUAUGUAUAGUUCUUUUCAUGUUUCCGGCGGAGAGCUCGCCGGAUCUGUAUCCCUGUGCGGAGAUCUCGCCAUAUUUCUGUUGACAGGCGUCCUAGGGUUUUGAACCGUUCCGGUGUGGGAAAUGCGGAGAAAAUCCGUUAUGUGA